AUGUCCACUAUCAACGCCUUAUCCACACCUCCACCCUCACCUCCAUCAAUUUUCACUAAUAACAAAAUUUCUACCAAAAUAAUUUCUUCUAUUAAUCCAAAUUUUUCAGUAGAUAUUCUGGCCGAUAAUGCCCGGGAAUAUACAGUUACUUCAGAUCAAUCGUUUCUGGGGCUUUUUGAUGUGUAUGCAUUUGUAUUUACACUUGCGAUUGGAUUGAUGGUGAGCAAUUGUUUGGAAGCGGGAAUUUCUAUUGAUGAUAAAUUACGAAAUAAAGACAAGAUUUCAAAUAUAGUGAUUAAUGAAGGAAUUACAAUUUUACAAGUGAAAUUUUAUAUGGCUAUACUUGUUGAGGAAGCAGAUCGAAUGCAUUUAUUACCAAAACUAAAUGUAUUGUUACAAGUUUAUCAAGGUACAAGAUCAAUUAUAUUUAAUGAAAUGGAAGAGGAUUCUUUAUUUUACAAUAUCAACAAUAUUCAGCAAUAUUCACAAUAUUGA